AUGGAGCUCCUGAGAAGACGCAUCCGCCAGUGGCGCAACGGCUUAGAGUCCGAGUUUAGCAAUCCGAAGUUGCUUUUCGAGAAAACCUGCGACUCGGUUUCGAAAUGGUCGACCAUUUGCGGCUGGGAACGAUUUGAGCCGAAUUACACGCGGGCCAAUCCAAGGUUUAUCUUUUUGAUGGUGGACAUUUUCUUUUUCUUUGUGGUGAGCAUUUUGUGCUUGAAGGAUCUUUGGGGCCAACGGGUGGAGUUCAUUUUCUGUUUAGUUACGCUUGGGCUUGGUUUUCAGGGACUCGUCAAAGCGUACAUGUUUACCCACGACACCAUCUAUGCUCUACUCCAGUACAAUAUGAAACGAUUUAAAAAUCCCAGCAAAAUCCCGGAAAUUCACAACUCCUUGAUGAAAACGGCUUCUUGGUGUACAAUUUCGGUGAAACUGAUUGCACCCAGUUACGCAACGAUGGCAGCACUAACGGUGAUCAUUUCUUUGCUAAUUUCCGCGUUUGAGCGCCGAUUUGAGCUGCCAUUUGGAUUUUUCAUUCCGGGAGUCGAUCGCGCCACGUGGAUCGGUUAUCUGCUGAAUUUGGCCUUUCACACACUGCAGGCGUUCGUGGCGGGUGGCGGGUUGCUGGCCACGGACAUGUGUUUCUUUAAUCUUAUAAUCAACGCCAUUGGACAGCUGGAUGUUUUGAUUAUCCGUUUGCGGAAGCUUGGAGAAGCUGCCACAUCGGGCAAACAUGUUGAAGCUGAGCUUUACCAAUUUUUGAGGGAAAUAAUUCAAGAACAUAUGGAACAUGUCAAGUACUUAGAUGGGUGA